GACAGUAUAGGUUUUUCUUUACUCAUUAUUUAGAAAUGGCCGCUCCCAGUACGAGCUGAGACUUGUGGUCACAAUUUUCGAAAAUUUUCGUUUUUCUUCCAUUAUUUGACAACAGGAAUUAUUGUAUAAUUUCAAAAAUGGGUAAACAUAUGUGUGCUAUUGCGGUGUCUGUUUUCUUCAUGAUUUCAGCUUUAGCUUUGACUUUGAUUAGCAUAUAUUUUGAUUAUUGGUAUGAAGUUGAUGCUGUAAAUAAUAGUAAUACAACGAUCAAAAACACAUUUUCUUUUCGAUAUGGAAUGUGGAGAAAGUGUUACCUUUAUGAAGUACCGGCAGCCGAAGAAAGAGUGAGAUAUGAGAAAUGUGUGUAUACGUACGAAGAUUUGAUUCCAAGGAAAGACCCAGAGGAUUCCGAUGGUAUUAGAUACCUACAUUUAGAGAGAUCAUGGGUAGGAUUGUUAAUAACAUGUGGAGCAAUACAGAUAUUUGCAGUGUUAACAAUGAUUUGUGGAUUGUGGCCAUGUAGAAAGAAUCCAAAGCGGUCAUCUAUAUACUUAGCCAGUGCUAUUCUGUUCUUAUUUGCAGCAAUGGCAGGUGUAGCAAGUAACGUAUGCUUCAUGGCUUUACGAGAUUUGGACGAGAAUAAAAACUAUAUUUAUCCUGCAAAAACAGAGAUAAAAUAUGACUGGACAUUCAUGACGUCAUGGGUUGGAACUGGACUGUGCUUUAUUUUAGCCUUUAUGUAUAUAUGUCUAUUAUGUGUGGACUAUGAUGAUGUCAAUGAAACUGGCAAAUAUUCAACAUUCUCAGAAUAGAUCUCGCCUAAGUUCGGCAAAGUAUAACCAGUACUUAUAAUACUCUAUGUGGAUAUAGGACGAGUGUACAUGUCCACAGACUAUUUGCUUACUUAAAUGUGAAUCUCGAUAAUUGUUGUUGUCAAAUUGCAUUCAUUUUUAAAUCACAUUGUACCAAUGCUCAAACAAUUUUAACAUGUAAUUUUACCUUUUAAGAUUUACGUUUUGGUAUGCGUGCAAUUUGCAUGACUUUUAUGUGCAGUAAAGUUAAGUUUAAAAAUUAUUUUUUAACCUGAGUUCAUAAAAUAUAAGCGGUGUCGGGUGUCAACGAAAUACAUGUAUUGUAUUACAGAAGAAGUGAUUCAUUAACAAUUUUGUAACUGUUACAGUCCGACAACGCGUAUGGUAAAUUUAUAACAUCACUAGGAUAAACAUCACAACUGCCAAAGAUGCCAAGCAGCCGGGCAACCAACAAUGACUAUACAAAUAUUCAUAUUUUAACAUGAAUUAUCAUUUCACACGAGUUUAUAACUUGACCAAAGACUAACUAAACAGUAUUAUCUUACCUUUUAUAAAAUAAAUACCUUAUAGACUUUUUAAACGAAAACGCUAUAUAUGAUCCAUAGGAAAGCAAUACACAUUAAGAUUGUCGCAGUGACCUUUUAUUACACGUUUAAGAAGUUGAACUGUCACUGUGAACUUUUUGCUUACUUGGGAAAUAGAGAUGUGUAUGGUUAUAAAUUAUAUACAAUUACCACCAAACAGAUUUACGAUAUAUUUUGCAUGGAUUUUUUCUUAUAAAAAUAAUGUAUCUUUAAAUCGAGUUGAUCAGUGUAUAUACUACUUAUACUUAUACAAAUCGGCGUGGAAAAAACAAUGAUAGGCGGCGGAGAAAACAGGGUAGGGUGGGUAGACAACUGGGGUAGAAUCUUUCUAAGUCAUGCGAUUGAACAAUUCCAUAUUCUAGUCCACCAUUUUAGUAUCAUGUUGGCCAUAUAGAAUAUAAUAUUGUAAAAGAUGCAUAUGAGUUACAACCCGAAUUGAUAGAAAACAGCAGUAUCGUGAAAUCCUAUGAUGUCGCUAAUUCAAAUAAUAUUUACCUAAAUGUAUUUUAUUUUAUUUUUAAGUUGUACGAAGCAAUAUACAUACAUAUACAUGUGAAAAUGUUUGAUUUUGUUUAUCAUCAUAUAUAUGCACUAAUUUAACUUUAUAUAUAUUUUCAUUAAAAUUUUAAAAUAAAAGUGUAAAUCUUAGAUAGACAUUUUAUUUUAAAUAUUCUAGCCCGUAGCUUAGUUGGCAUGUCUCGAAUAAAUUAAACUUUAAAAUUACAUAAACGAGUUUUACCUGAUGACUUUCGAUUGACAACUUCAGACGAGAAUCUUUUAAGGCGAUAUUUGUUUUUGAUAAGAUAUUAAAGUUGUCAUCGCUUUAAUUUUGGAUUUUAAAUGAGAAAAUGAAGUUCAAUUAGCGUGACUCAGUGACCAUACAUGUAAUUGAUAUAAAAUUCAAAGUUCCGAUUUGGUCAUUUAAUACUGCGGUCUAAUUGUCGCAUUAAUGGGGGUACAGCUUAAAUGCUCAGCCGUUAUCUCUAUAGCUUGUAGAAUGGGCCUUUUAAAAAUCUUAAGCUAUUAAAAGAGAGCUUUUACAAUUCGUACAUUGCUAAUCCUACGGCUGGGUUAAGUGUUUAUUUUAAAUGUAUGUAUAUAUGAACAAGUUAUAUUAUAUUAUAUCUAGUUAGUAGAAAGAGACUUUUAACACAAAUACUACCAUAAUUACUUCUCGGUUGGUCAUAUGUAUUAUAAACCAAAAGUAUAGAUAUAAAGAAUAAAGAAUAUAGGGCCACACAAAUAAAAUAUUAAAAAAAUGAAAGCCGUGGUGUAGUGGUUAGCACAUUGGAAUACUAACACAAAACUUCCUGGUUCGAUCCCUGUUGUGGGGUAACAAUUUCUGGGACGGCAUUUUCGACUCUCCUUUGACAUCAUUUGCGAGUAUGGUCUUGAGAAACAAUGAUAGUCCGUCGGAAGGGGACGAUAAAUGACUGACCCGUGUUAAGAGAGAGACAGACCUCUUGCACGUAAAAGACACCCUGGUAGUUUUUUUUUUAAAAGUAGUCCAAUGCCGCUACAAGGCAACACUGGCACCCGCAAAGUGGAAAGGGAUUAGUUGCAAUAAAAUUGAGAAAGGAAAUGGGACAUGUGUCAAAGCGACAAUAACACGACCAUAGAGCAAAUAACUAGUUUCCCAAUCCAGUAUAAAUAAAUGUGUUUAAACAGAGGAGUAACAGUACAACAUAUGAACAAACUGGAAAAAAAUCGGCUAGAAAUGGCUUGGCUCAUCAGAUGAUCACGAAACGCAAAAAAAAAAUAAAUUUAAAAGUGACAGAUCCAAGAUUAUUCUUAGUUGAUGAAAGAUUUGGUAUAAUUGCCAGUAAUAAGACUAUACAUUGGUAGUUAAGAUAUGAAGCAGACUAAUAAAAUUGUAUCUGCGA